AUGGAGAGCACCAGAGUAUUUGUCUCUGGCCUUCCGCCAACCUUAUCUGAUGAUCAAUUGAGGAAGCACUUUGCUACUCGCUUCCAAGUCACAGACGCUCAUGUAUUGCCUAAGCGCAGGAUUGGCUUCGUGGGCUUCAAGAACCAUGAGGCGGCCCAGCAGGCUGUGUCUUACUUCAAUAAGACUUACAUGAAGAUGUCCAAAAUCUCAGUAGACAUUGCUAAGCCGAUCGAUGCCGAACCCACUCGCAAAGCUGGAAAACAUGACAGGAUCUCUGCCGGCGAUGCCGCAGAUGCUUCCCUCAAGCGUAAACGGGAUGGCGAAAACGCCCCGCAAGACGCUCGCUUGCAAGAGUAUCUCUCUGUAAUGCAACAUUCUAAGACCAAGACAUGGGCAAAUGAUGAUGUGCCCAGACCGCCGGAGCUUGACUCACCUGCAGAACAACCCGCUGAAGUAGAGGAGCAACCUCAGGAGCUUACCUAUGCACAAAGGAAGAAGGCAAAGCUUGGCGAUGACCAUGAUCACUCUCAGGAGAUGCACACAGCUGAUCGCGAAGCUCAUGGAUCACCCGAACCCAUGGUGGUAGACCACAGUGGGGAGGGCAACGCCGAGGCACCGGCAGAGCAGGAUGAUACUGUCGCCGAGACCGAGGCGCCAGCUGUUUCGGAUGCGGACUGGCUCCGCUCCAAGACAAGUCGCCUUCUGGGUCUGCUUGAUGAGGAAGAGCAAGCAGAUUUCGACGCUGCUGCGCAGCAUAAGGAGUCUGCAGCUCCAGAAGAAGCAGAGGAUCCGGCUGCUGACUCUAGGGAUGCCCAGAUUGUCGCUCCUGCCGCGACUGAAGCCAAGACGGUUCAGGAGCCGCAGGUCGACACGAAUAUCGAGAGCAUUCGUUUAUCUGCACGUCUGUUCGUGCGGAACCUUGCUUACGACACCUCAGAGUCAGAUCUCGAACCGCUAUUUUCUCCUUUCGGACGAAUUGAAGAGAUCCAUGUGGCUUUCGAUACCAGGGUUAACACCAGCAAGGGGUUUGCCUACAUCCAGUACCUCGACGCAGAUGCAGCCGUAGAGGCCUACAAGAAUCUCGACGGAAAGCACUUCCAAGGCCGCUUGAUGCAUAUUCUGCCAGCAGCCGCGAAGAAGACUUACAAGAUUGAUGAUGCUGAGCUGGCGAAACUGCCUUUGAAAAAGCAAAAGCAAAUCAAAAAGAAGAUGGAUGCCUCGUCUUCCACGUUCAGCUGGAACUCUCUUUACAUGAAUACCGAUGCCGUUAUGUCUUCAGUAGCUGAGCGACUUGGUGUUUCCAAAGCAGAUCUCUUGGAUCCUACUUCAUCUGACGCUGCUGUGAAGCAGGCUCACGCUGAAACUCACGUAAUUCAAGAAACGAAAGCUUACUUCUCAGCUAAUGGGGUUAAUAUUGAAGCCUUCAAGCAGCGGGAGCGUGGAAACACUGCUAUCCUUGUAAAGAACUUUUCGUACGGCGUCAAGACUGAUGAGCUCAGGAAAAUGUUCGAACCAUUCGGGCAAAUAACGAGGUUACUCAUGCCCCCUAGUGGAACGAUAGCUAUCGUUGAGUUUUCGAGACCAGAUGAGGCCCAGAAAGCUUUCAAGGGACUUGCCUACCGGAAACUCGGAGACUCUAUCCUAUUCCUGGAGAAGGCUCCCAAGGAUCUGUUUGAUGCUGCAGCCGUGCCACAGAAGGCAACCAUAGAGACUAAGGCCGUCUCUCAAGGCUUCUCCACCGCUGACACUUUCGCGGCAGAUGAGGUUGAUGACCUUACGCCCACUACAACCCUCUUCGUAAAGAACCUCAACUUUGCUACUACGACACAGAGUUUUGUGGACUUAUUCCGGCCACUGGAUGGCUUUGUGUCUGCUAAGAUCAAGACUAAGCCCGACCCUAAGCAUCCCGGACAAACGCUCAGCAUGGGUUUCGGUUUCGUGGAAUUCAGGUCGAAGGCUCAGGCCCAAUCUGCGCUUGCCGCCAUGAAUGGCUACAAGCUUGAUCAGCAUGAACUGGUAGUUAGGGUGUCUCACCGUGGAAUGGAUGCGGCUGAAGAGCGGAGGCGUGAAGAUACCGCGAAGAAGGUUGCGGCCAGAAGGACGAAGAUCAUCAUUAAGAACUUGCCGUUCCAGGCCACCAAGAAGGACGUUCGGUCACUCUUUGGAGCCUAUGGGCAACUGCGCUCUGUGCGGGUUCCUAAGAAGUUUGACAGAUCGGCUCGCGGUUUCGGUUUUGCGGAUUUUGUAAGCGCUCGCGAAGCGGAAAACGCUAUGGACGCGUUGAAGAAUACCCAUCUUCUGGGCAGAAAGCUGGUCCUGGAAUUUGCAAACGAGGAGGCGAUCGAUGCCGAGGAAGAAAUCAAGCAGAUCGAAAAGAAAGUAGGGGAACAGAUGGACAGGGUCAAGCUACAAAAGCUUGCCGGGCCUGGGCGCAAGAAGUUCACUGUAGGGGCCCAGGACGGCGAAGAGGACUAA